GCAACGCCAUUAAUCAAGCUCGCUAAAUUUCAACUUCCUGCCUCCAAUCAAACAAAUUCAAAAAACAAGAUGCUCCAUGAAGUGUUAUUGGCUUUAUUGGGUCAUACAGGCGGUGUCAUCAAGGAUACAGGAAAUGGGCUGAAGAUUCAAAGUGAUCUACCAUUUCUAUCAUCAUCUGAUGAGGAACAGUUGAAUUAUCUGUGUAGACUUGGUACUCAUUUCUCUACACUCAACACAUUCAUAAAGAAAUAUGGGACUGGACCAUGCCUACCCCCACAAGGUGUAAAACAAGAAGGACUUGCAGGCCUGUAUUUGAAGGCAUUUUGUAGUGGCCUUGACAAAGUACUUGGUAGCUACAGGGCAAAUAUACUAGAACUGGAGACCAAUUUAAUGAAGGACCCUCAUCUCUCAGUAUCUCAUCUAGUGUGCCAACUUCAACAGUACCAAUUGUUGCUUCCAGCUUUAGUUUCUGUAGUUGAACAGGUCACAAGUCAUAAGGCACAUGGUUGUUAUAUACUGGAUAUAAUACACAGACAUAGUGAAACAGGCCAUCCUCUUGUCAAAGAUGUCCUUACAAGAGUGUUACAUGUAUGUCAUGGUGUGUUAUUCAAGCAUCUAUGCAGCUGGUUAUUGUAUGGAUAUGUUUACGAUCCAUACAAGGAGUUUUUCAUCCAACCAAAUGAAGGGGAAUCACAUGAUCAGUCACAUGACCAAACUAGCCAAUCACAGGACGAUGAUGAUGAUCUAGGAAUUAUGGGAGUAACAGGAAGACAGCUGCAGAAAUUACUGAAAAUGAACACCCCGGACAGUAGUUCAUCGACAAGUCAUCUGUUCUCAAUAAAAUCAGAUCUGUUGCCAGGAUACAUACCUGUACGUGUAGCCAGCAAAAUUUUGUUUGUUGGAGAAUCCAUUCAGAUGUUUCAAGAAAAAGGAAAAUCAGCCGUGUCACGUGGGAAAAGUAAUAUUUUAGAAGGAAAACAAGAGAAGUUUGCUAAAGAUCUACAUCAGCUUGCCCAGGAGCUGCCCUUCAACAGUAUGAAGUUUGAAUCUCUUAUAAAUGACAUCAGAACACAAGUAGCUGAAGUACUGUGGAAGAUCUUAAUAGAGGAAGCAGACCUGUUGGCACAUUUACGUAUUAUAAAAGAUUUCUACCUGCUUGGUCGUGGUGAACUGUACUUGGCGUUUAUAGACCAGGCACAACAUCUACUGCGUGUCCCUGUGUCCGCUACUACAGAACAUGAUGUAAAUGCAGCGUACCUGUGUGCUGCUAGGAACGUUUUAUUUCAUGAUGAGGCAUUACUACAGAGGUUCAGACUCUCCGUUAAACAAGCACCUAAACCACAGAAAAAGGAUUCCACAAGCAGUAGUGGGAGUAGCCAGUCAUCUACAGUGGUGGACAUAGGUUGGAAUAGUCUGUCCUUGAAAUAUUCAGUACAAUGGCCGCUGCAUAUAUUCUUUACUCCAGUUGUUUUAGAAAAGUAUAACAGAGUGUUCAGAUUCCUGCUAGUGGUCAGACGGACGCAACUUGAUCUUCAUCAGUGCUGGAUCAUACAGAUGAGUAGAAAACACGGAACUAACGAGCCGGCCGAGGCGUUAAAAUGGCAGCUUAGAAAUCAUAUGUCAUUCCUAGUUGAUAAUUUACAAUAUUAUCUUCAAGUUGAUGUGAUAGAAUCUCAGUAUGGUAUACUAGUAGAGAAGAUCAAAACCACCCGAGAUUACGAGGCCGUCAAGUUGGCCCACGAUCAUUUUCUCUCUGCCCUUCUUGCCCAGAGCUUUGUCCAUAUGAAGUCUGUUGCCCAUUGUUUAUAUGAGAUUUUGGAUCAGUGUACAGUGUUUACCUCCCUUGUUGUACGCUGUGAAACACCUAUGUCACAUAAUGAUGCCUUGCAACUGGAAAACAUUGCCAAGAAUUUACAGCGCCAGUCAAGCUUGUUAUUUAAGAUGUUGUCAAGUGUAAGAAGUAACAGUUCCAGUCCACAUUUAGCACAGCUAUUACUACGCCUCGAUUUUAAUAAAUUCUUCUCCAUAUCUGGUGGCCAGUUAGGAAGUUACUGAAUGGGAUUUUAUAGACCUACAGAAUGAAUGCUAAACUGUGAUAAAAGUGCCAUAUUGAACUGGAGAAAUAUUGUAUACAUUCAAUCAACAGAGAAAGAACAUCUUGUACACAUUACAUAUAGAGAUUUUUGGGAAAGCUAUGACCAGAAAAGGAUAAAUUAGCUAAUAAAUAUGUGCUGCUAUGUUACUUUAACUUGUCAGAUUUAUUCAAUAGAAUACAUUUGUAUUGGUAAAAUGCCUGAUUUGAAGGGGGGAAAAAAAACUUUUCUGUAAUACAUGUAUAAAGAAACUUGUUAUGCAGUUGCAAUUUUAACAAAAUAGGCACUUGAAUU